UGCAAAACAAAUUCAAUAACAAUGACAUUCAUAAUGUAAUCUUAAUGUACAUGAAUGUUAGUUUUCAGUAGGUGCACUGUGAGGAUCUUAACGUGAGGAUACAGUCAGUGGAGUGUUGUGUUGCAGUAGUUUCCACCCAGCACUAAUUGCAGCAGGUGUGUUGCUGGUCGUUGAGGUGGUGAAAGGCAGCAGUUCGCUGCUUUCUAAUGUGGCCUCACGUCUUCACUCAAACUCACUGUUUUUCAGUUCGUUCGUUCGUUCGUUUGUUUGUUUGUUUGUUUGUUUGUUUGGCCUCACGUGACUUAUGAUUCGGCUGCGCUCAUGUCGCCGUGAGGAAACAUGUACACAACACUUAACCUCUCAGCGCCUGACGACUCCAACCUGUCAGGCGUUGACCCGGAGAGGCUGCACGAGCUGACUCACCGCUCCAUCAAAGUGAGCGUCAUCAUCGUUUUGGGCCUGAUGAUCACUCUGGGGAAUGUUGCAGUGCUCCUGGUGAUUUCUUCAUCUGUGGCCGGUUGGUCCAGGAACUCUCGCUACUUUCUUCUCUCCCUCACUGCCGCAGACUCCGCCUUCGGGCUGCUGGUUAUGCCCUUGAAUCUGUGGGUGAGUCUGUUGAAGGACUACACUGAAGGCCCAGAUGCUCUCUGUCAUGUCGUGGCCUUUUGCAAUGCCACCGUUUACUCCACCUGCAUGUACACGCUGGCUACAAUCAGCCUGGAGAGGUACAUCGCAGUGUUUUACCCGCUGCAGUACUCCUCUCUGAUGACAAGGAGGAGGACACUGCUCCUCAUUUCCUUCGCCUGGUGCUUCCCUCCCGUGUUACUGCUGCCAAUUUCAUUUCCAGAUGGAAUCAUCGAGGUUCAUUUUUCCACCGCGUCUCUGGUCUGCAAUCCAUCUUACUCCACUAAUGUUGGAUACUCCCUGAGUUUGACGUGUUUCAUAUUUUUCCCCUGCUCCAUCAUCAUGACAUUCGCAAACCUGAGGGUGUGGUGCGCGGCCAAGAGGCAGCGGCUCAAACUGCGCAGAUACAACUGUGCGCGUCGCAACAGACACAAUGUGGCAUCAAGAGUGCUCGUGCCCGUGAUGGCAGCUUACUACACCUGUUGGACACCCUGCAUGGCGGCUAUGAUCUACAACGCCGUCUCAGGCAGCAGCGUACCCGAGUGGAUCGAGUUUGUGGUGGUGUGGUUGCCAACUUCCAACGGUUUCCUCAACUGCAUCUUCUACUUCUGGAUGAACCGAAGCUUCCGCAGGAAGUUCCACCUCAUCCUCCAGAGGCUGACUCUGGCUCUCUGCCCUAAGCUGGCUGACGCUGUUGGGUGCUGGACAAGUUCAAAGACUCAGUUUGUGUCAGGAGUUCUGGAUAAUAACAACAGUGUCACUGAGCGCUCCUCCAGCGUCUCCUCCACCUGCACCCUGUUGACCUUAGUGUAGGUUGUCUGCUGUUGAAGAGCUCCACAGGCGUAGUUAAAUACAGUCAGUGACCUCUGUGUUGUCUUAGACUGUCUGACUGGCCAAGUUAUUGAUAUAUUCUUACAUAAGGUAUUGACGGUAAGAAGUAGAGUAAUGGUUCACAUGGACUUCAGUCUGAAUGGGUUGAUACAAAGGUGCUGAUGGAGGUACUGUGCAGUCUGCAUCAUUAUAAUCAGUUAUAUUGAUUAUUGUGUAUUUUUCUUAUUUUUCUUUUUUUAUCCAUUUUCAGUGUAAGAACAGUGUUUACAGGAACGCAGGCUUCAUUUCUAACUUAUUUGGAUUUUUUUGUUUUACUGAUGAACACGUGAUGUUACUGUCAGCGACAGCCUCUUAAACCACCUUUUAGUUAUUUUAUAGUCAGACAUCAACCUCGUCCAUGCCCCAGAGACGCCUACCAUUAUUCUGCAUACGGCCUUAUAACCAGUCUUUUAACACAGUCAGCUGUUGCAUAUUUAGAUUUAUGGCUGAGGUCAACAUAUUUCACUUUGCUGUUAGUUCAUCACAAGAAACUGAUAUUUAGACUUCUGUUCAUUGAGGGAACAUCACUGUCUGAUUACGAGCUCUUUGAAGGAUUGAGGCCGUCUACCUCUUCUUCGAUUUAAACUGAGUAUCAAAGACUUUGGCAUAUAACAGCUGGGAGAAGUUAACCUUUAAUUCAUGUCAUUUCGGUGUAUGCAAGGAGAAAAGUAAUUAAGCAGCCACACUGUAGAAAGGUCACCACAUUUGUGCCGGCAGGAGAUAACUUGGGUAACUUCUGAGGCGGUGGUUGUUUAUUUAGAGAUAUUAAGGCCAAGAUCUUCCCCUCAGUGGCACUGCCCUCGUCAUCUUGGUCUGAAUAGACUCUUCUGUCACCGUGAAGGUUGAUUUGGGUUUAAAGCUGAUCAAGAGAGUAAUUUUCCAGAAACAUUCAAAAGCAACGGAGAUUCAACACCAUUUUAUGUGAGUUAUUUUAGCCUGUUGGUUGCUGCUCUGUCAUGAUCAUUAAAGGCUGCCCUCUCCAAGAAUGUGUAUUAAAAUGUGUCGAGCACCAAAUAAUAUCUGUCAUUAAAUGAUGUGAGGAAAAUGGCUUAAUAAUGUAUAUAAACAUUUUGUUCUGUUUCUAAAUUUGUAAUAAUAUAAAGAAUGAACAUGAUGAUAAUGUAUUGGUUUGUGGAUCUGUGAAAUAAAGCAUGAUGCCUUUGAA